AUGGAACCAAAACUUAACCGUAAACACACCACUCCGCUGCUGCUGCGACGGAGGUGGAGGUGCGUGCGCUGGGCGGGCGCGUGGUGCGCGGAGCGGUGGGGGGGCGCGGCCACGCUCGCGUGUGAGGCGCGCUACGUGCCGCCCGCCCCGCCCGCUAUACUCCCGGCCGUCCUGCCGCCGCUACGGAUCCGCUGGCGUCACGCUGGUCACACCGUGGACACACAGAGUCCGGAGGGCGGUGUGUCGCUGGAGUCGGAGCGGUGGGCGGGCGGAGCGCGCUCGCGGCUCACGCUGGGUGCGCUGAACAGGCGUCAUGCGGGCCGCUGGCGCUGCGUGGUUGGUGCCCGUUCCGCCACCAUCUCGCUGCACGUGCUGCCCACCGCCGACAGCGACAUGGAAGCCAUGCAGCGCGACCAAGCGGUGGCCCGAGUGAGCAGUGACGCACGCUCGCUGCCACUUCAGUUGCACCCACUGCGCCCGCUGCUCCUGGCGCUGCUGCUGGCGCUGCACUUGUGCGCGCCCACGUGA